GUUCGAAUCCUGCCUCUCCCACUUGUUGUAGACUGAAGAGAAGAGAAAGGAGGCAUUCGUCAGCGUAGGAAGGCCCACCGAGCGAAGCUCUUUCUUUUUUUGGCCAUGCCGAAAAUUUGAUCGUAUGUUAGUUAGAGAGGUUGGCGAACUACUACGAUCAAUAGAUUCCCCAUCUAUAUCCAAUCCCAACGGGGAAUAGAAGCGAGUCGCUUCCGGCUGGCUUGUAGUCCUAGUCUUUUAGCUUAUGUAAUGGUCGGCCUUCCUACACGCACGCGCCCGCCGGAAUGCCUCCUUGUUUUCGUUUUGGACGAAGCCAAGCCGAUACAUACAAUAUACAAUAUACGAUAGGCGAAGGGAAAGACCCCCAUUUAUUUAAUAGCGCCUGGGCAAGUUUGAUCGAGGAUUGGAGAGUUUAGUAACUCGACUGAAAGGAGAGGUGGGAAGAAAAGGCUCGGGAUGGAUUUAGGAGUCUUUGUGCGAGCCGUAUGCGGUGAGAGUCGCACGUACGGUAAUGAGGGGGGUUCGCGUCUAUACGUGUAGUGUGGUGGUUGGGCCUACCCACCCUAUUUGUUCCAUGAUCUAUGGGUCUACUGGAGCUACCCACUUCGAUCAAUUAGCCAAGAUUUUGACCGGAUACGAAAUCACUGGUGCUCGAUCUAGUGGUAUUUUUAUGGGGAUUCUAUCUAUCGCUGUAGGAUUCCUAUUCAAGAUCACUGCAGUUCCUUUUCGGGCGGCUGUAGGACGGACGGCCGCCUAUAGGUGGUAGGGUAGGGUGGGUGGUACCGCUCAGAUUGCGGCCAAUCUUCCUAACCGCGCGCGGGCCGGGCUUAGAGCGAGUGAAACUCAUCACUACCUCGUAAGGGCAUUGAGACCAUAGCAUGUUACACGAGGAAAAAAACCUUGUAGUGUUGUCAUACAGCUGCCCGCCUAGAAGAGCCACUCGCUCUGUAGUGUUGUCACACAAGAUAAGCACGCCGCCCGCCUGCUGGCCGGGCGAAUCGAAGUUCUCUUCCGGUCAACUGUCCACCCAGUCAAGUGCAAAAAACACAGUAGAAUCACGCAACGCACGCUGCUGGUGUGCUUCCUGCCCGCGAGGAAAGAAAGAAGAGCGACAAGGUUGAGUUCUGAUUUGACUGUUUGCAGCAUGGGAGCAGAUUACCCAAAAAAUCCCUGGGAACAAUGAAAAAAAAAAGAUAUCUCGGUAACAAAAACCAUAGGGGGCUGUAUUGGCGAGAUCCAACGGUGAACAGCUGCCCAAAAUCAAAACCGCCUGGAAGUCCGAGGACCUUUAGUACCGUACCCCCAAACCAGCAGCCUUCGCGCCAAGCAAGACCGCCCUUGUCCCUCUCCUUUCAGUCGAGUUUGUGUUCACAACCUCUCCCUUCAGUCGAGUAAGAAAUACCUCGGGAAGUAGGGCUCCUAUUGACUAAAGAUUGGUUCUUCGCUUUCCUUUAGAAUGAAAGUAGCUAUGAAGCCCCUACCUACAACUUACUUUGUUUGAUUCAAAAGGCGAACAGCCCCCCCCAACUAGUCGUAUGGGGUGGGGUUCUUGUGAUAAGCUGCCUUGGAUAUGAUAAAUUCCUAAAAAAAGGCAAAGUCCGCUAUUAGACGAAGAUCUUCCUAUCAAUAGAUAGGAAUUAGUGUUCGAUAUAGGGGAUAGGAUCUAUCUGCUCUCUCUUAAAAAAAAUUGAGAGAGCAGAUAUAACGAUAUAAAAUCGGAAGGAUAGAUAGACAUCUAAAGAAAGGGAUGUCUAUUCUAUUCCUCUUUUUUUUAUAGAAAGAAAAGAUAUCUCGUUCAUCUAUCUUUUGUUUAUUUAUCAUUGAUUCUAUCUAUGAAUCAAGUCGAAUUCGUUUUUGGCCGAAGCCCCGAAUGGAUUGGAUCGUUUCCGCCAACGAAAUGAACGCGGAGCCCGUUCCGAAUGCUUCUUCGAUCCGGAAGUUCUCGCGAAGAGAAUAAGAUGCUGCUCCCCCUCCCUCUGUCUUUUUUCGCUUUGCUAAUCUUCCCCUUCCCCUCUAACGGGGGCCAGGCGGCGGCGGGCGCGGGAGGAAAAAACCUAAGAGCGUUUUCUCUUAGGUCCUUCUUUUUUCAGUGCAACAUAGGAAAGCGCCCUCUUUUUGUCAUCUCUGCAGCUUUCCAGAUUUUGUAUUGAACGCAUGGCGUAGCUAGGACCUUCAAAUCAUGUUUGAGCCUAUGUUCAAACAAAACCCAUCCCCCGGGCUGGAAAGAAUGCCCGCCAAGUUCUGAUAAGGUCUCGACGAGCCCCGGAAAGGCUCGGCGAAGGGAGGGAGAUGCGGCGGGGGAAGGAAAAGGCUUUAGGAGAUCGAGAGAUUUUCUUUCUUGGCCGAGGAUGGCCUACGGUGCGUGUUAUCUGAAGGGAGCACGCUUUUUCGACCGCGGUGCUAUGAUUGCCGGAGCCUCUCCUCGUUCCGCCCGCUGGCCUAUUGGGAUAGCAGCCUGCGGGCUUUGCCUGCCCAUUAGAAUAUAAUCAAAAAUUCCGGCUCGGCCCGGGAAAGCGCUGGCAACAACAGAAAGGAAGGGGUCCAUGUAGCUGCUGCGCCCGCCCCUCUUCUUAGUCAAUGGGGCAGCAGGUUCGGCAUCUACUAGAAAAGAGAGAAUCCACUUCAGAUAACCACACCUCGGCUAGGCAGCGUGUGGAAUGGCCGAGAGCGGACCUUUUUGGAUAUAUAAUCCAAGUCGAGAGUGGAGUUACAGGAACAGCCGUCUGAUGGAAAAAAACUUUCACGUUCGGUUCAGAGAGCACUUUUUUCGUUGAGAAUUCCUCGUUCCCUUUCGUGUGAAUUCCCCAGUGGCGAAUUUCAAACUUGUGGGUCUAUUCAAUCUUUCGAGCCCCGAAGAAAACCCCCUCCCCCUCGGACUCCA